AUGAAGAAUUCCUUCAGCCCUAGAACCCUACUCCUGAAGUCCAUUGGGCUCUCGCUCGUCGUAGGGGCUGGCCUCGCACUCGGGAAGGAGGGACCCUUGAUUCAAGUGGGAGUUUGCUGGGCACACAUCUUGGCGAAUCUAAAGGGCAUACCCUUCCUGAGGUCGAACAGGUACUAUUUGCGCUUUUGACCCAAAUACCAGUACUAGUACCUAGUAGCCCAUGACGUUGGCAACUCUGUUGACUCUUAUGUCUCGCUCACAGUCACGUAAGUUUCAGUUUGAGUUAGAUGAUCUUUCACACUACCCCGCAGGUACACCCGGUUUUUCCAUGAGGAGAGUUCUAGUUCUACCAUCAAUAUCCCGUUGUACGAGUGGUCGUUCGUUGGUGCUGCUGUUGGUGUGUCAACCGCUUUCGGCGCACCUUUAGGGGGUGUCCUUUUCGCGGUUGAGGAACUUGGGAGUGUCAGAACCAUUACGCGACGAGCAUUGUUGCUCUGUUUCCUGGGAUCCUUUGCUGCCAGUUUUACUUAUGGGGGCCUUUAAAAGAUAAAGAAUUCUCAUCUAGAAAAGAACGUCUCUACGGUCACUAUGAAAGGUGAUAACAGGGACAUUAGCAUGCAAUAUGUUACGGUUUAGGCCUACUUUCUGUCUCCAGGAUCAAAUUUCUAUACCGUAUAGGUCCUUUUUUCAUGUUUUGCUGAAGUUUUUGGACCUCACGGGCAGCAACAACGUGACCAUGUUUUCCUUGUCGACGGCGUCAAACUCGUUCCGGAAAGAAUGGGAGGCGAACGAGAUCUGGCUUUUCAUUUAUGGAAGGUGGAGACCGCCACAGCACCCAUGUUUGUUUAUGUAAACGCGGCUGUUGUUGCAAAAAUGGUUUGGACAGCAGUGUUCCUUUUGUGAUAGUUCUCUGUCUGAUCACUGUCGAUUUUGGAGCUUUUUCACCACAGGACCUCAAUACCAGAUCCUAGGACCUCAGUACCAGAGUCUUCGUACUGCUCUAAUCCGUCUUGCUCGGAGUGCUUGGCGGACUCAUCUCGUCUGCAUUUAUUCGGAUGAACGUGCACGUAAACAAGUGGCGCAAGAGGCGGAAAGAACAGCACGGCACCCUGUGGUUUCUUAGCCCCGAACGACACCGGUUUCUAGUGGAUUAUUUUAUUCCCGACUCUAUCAUGCGGAGAAUUCGCGAGCGGGGGUCGCACUAUCGAAUAUCCAGUCGCGUUUUACUAAGGCUUGUGAAAAUCCAUCUUCCCCAGCACCUUGGACCCGUCUUAAAGAGAAAACGGGGAGCAAAAUGCUGAUUGAGACGGAUUUUCGCAACGUCUAAGUCUAGUCGUUUUAGAGGGUUGCGCCAUCGCGGUGGUCACUUCAGUCAGCAACUACCUUUUUACCAGACUACUGCGUUUUCACUCGACAGUGGCGAUACAUGCACUAUUCGAAACGUGUCCACAUGAAAAAGGUUUGAAAAUGAACGUGUGCAAGGCGUCGACGUUUAAUGCGUCCUUCAGCAUGAACGGUAUGAACGGGAUCUGAAAGUAGUGUGAAUAGGUGCUACACAGCUCUUCCUCGAGGCUAUAUAGUUAUAGUAAUAAAUAGAGUAUCAGAAUCAUAUACUUGCAUUAUUGGGUCGCCAGAUUUGUCUCGCUUAGUACUCAAUGAUAAAGGCAAGUACUUCACCGUGCUUGUAAGUAUCUAUUCGUUAUACUAGGAUUAGCUAAUAGAUUUUUCACAAGCGAAGUAGUUCAAAUCUAAAGUGUGGGUUUCUCUUCAUACCAGUGCAAUUGCUAUUGGCGGCGGGGAUUCGAUUACUGCAGACCGUGAUCACGUUCGGAGCGAUGCUUCCUUCCGGUCUCUUUAUUCCGUCCCUGUUUAUCUUAAGGCGGCACAUGAUUCAUCUUCACAGGCAUCCUGGCGAGGCUUUUCAAGGAAUUUGAUGGUCUAUUAUCAAGGAGAUUUAAUUAUCCUAUUAUUUUCAAGGGAAAAGGAGAGUGAGUAGGACGCUUCCUGAGAUGGAUCAGGGACAGCUCGAAUUAUUGGAGCAACAGUGGGUCGGUUCGUGGGGAAUUUGACCUUUUUGGUUGUCCAAGAGCAGCACAUUGAACCAGGAGUAUUCGCGAUGAUAGGCGCAGCUGCGAUGCUGGCAGGAUUCACGCGAAUGACCGUCUCACUGGUCGUCAUCAUGUUCGAACUGAUUAUGGCAUUGUCUACUUGGACGAAAAGAUUGACUACUUGAGGCUCUUUUAAUCAAAAGCCCUUAAUCAAAAUGGAAAAAAGACCUAGUAGUUCAGUAACUCUAACUCCUGUAAUGAGACCGACCAGGUAGUAGCACACACUGAGGGCGAGUUUGCUUAAUCUCAUCAAUUUGGAAGAAAAUUCAUACAUCCGGGAGAGCUAAAUUACGUGAUUCCGUUUAUGUGCGCUGUCAUCACGGCCAAGGUCGUUGGGGACCUCUUCACCUCUAGCAUCUACGAAGAAGUAGCCACCCUGAACGGAUUCGCGAAUAUUGAGGAUACACCGACUUCCAUCCGCCUUGAAGUUUAAGGUCGCUUUCCCAUAUUUUUUUUUGUUUAAGGUCCUUUCUGCAAAGAGAAAGAACACGACAAAGAUGACGCCCCCAGAGCUCAUGCGGAACGAUGUCGUUGCAGUUGCUGAUACUAGCACCACUCUCACAUCUGGGGAUGAACGUCUCUCAAUUACUAUGUAAGGUCUAAGAAGUGCUGGUAGCUGACCUCGCAGAGGAGUACCCUUGGUCUCGCGUAAUGGACGCAGAGCAAUCGUUCACCUUCGCGCAGUUGCGACAGCUUGCCUUUGACCAGGUUCCGGGUCUGCACAAAAGAGAGACCAGAAAGGAGCAGGUGGAAAAAGUUAUGCUGGCAGUUUGCAUUCUUGGAUCGAUGUUGGACAUUCGCCGAACCAACCAAGACCUACCUGCUUUCACAUAACUGGACAAUACAUGUUAUAAGAACUUCCUCUGGUCUGUCUUUUUUCUAGUUAGGUCGGCUCCACCACAGUUAUAAGAACUGGGUUCAGAAGUGUCACCUAGCUGCGACGUGCAUGACCAAAAAACAUUGAAUAGUCAGCCUAUGGGGCUGACAGGACGACGAUAGCGCCGGCGCUUAAUUAGUUUCAGCAGUUAGCAGGAUACUUCAGGAUACUUGUUGAUAGUUACCCUUUUCUCUUUUCUAUCUUCCUCUGGUCUGUCUUUUUUCUAGCUAGGUCGGCUCCACGACAAUAAUCAGAAUUAGAAUUCAUUUCGCUAAGAUGAAGCCUUCAGCAGCAGAUCGCAUGGGGAGGAAAGCGCUGGGAGAAAACUCGACCGAUGAGGAAGCGGAUACUGAAUCGGAGGAGGGUGAGGGCAGUCCCCUGUCGCAGUCGCCUGCCUCUGUCGGAAGGCGCUUCCCGAGUAGCCGGAUGGUAGUUAGUUAUUUUGUUCGUUAGUUAGUUGUAUGUUUUGAAUGUUAUACUAAUCGAUCCUAACUGACUCGUCCAGGUCGCGACCGUAUUCAGGAUAGUGAUUACCAUGCUAGGUCUGUAGCGUUGGUUCUUGCUCUUCACGGCUUAGUACGUUACUGUACGCUUCUUGGAAGAAAUUCCUCGGGGCCUGGUCUCAACGCUGGUUUGGAAAACCAGAUUGGAGACACAUGACAUGACUCAUCCAGGUCGCCGCCGGCAGUGAUCGCAGCAUCAUUUUGGUGCGACAGGGGUUGGGUCCUAUCUACGGUUUCAUUAGAAUGCGAAGACUCCGACAGUGGAUCCGAGAGUCAAUGCGUGGAGACACAGAGGAAGCGCUAGAGGCACGAAUAUGCUCUUUUAUUAAGGCUCUUACUCCUUAAUCCACUUGGAAAAAAAUGAUCGGUUAGUUUUCCCUCACAAAUGCUAGGUUAGUCCCUCCAACCAAAGUCUUUGACUACAUCCUUGAAAAGCCAUGGGGAGCUCUGCGACACUCCCCAAGAAGGCAGCUCUGGAAAGAUGAAAAAGAGGAAAAAGUUCGUGGCCCUGAAAAUGAAGAUCAUUAUGGUGAAUUUUUCUACGGAGAGGUCUAAUAUUACUGUUGGGGGCGGUGGUGGAUUAUGGGCAGAACGUCUUGACGUUGGCGUUCGACCUUCAGUUGGCUUGCCGACACCUCGACAGCCCCCUCUGAGUGGUGAAAAUAGGCGAGGAGGAGCUUUAGAAGUGACCUCUGGAUCAUCCUCUACGCAGCAACCUGUGCCUACUUCAGGCAUACAACAUGCUACCGCAGCCGGCACCCCCUUUGCGCCUCCCGCUCGCGUCGUAGGGACAACAACGAGUAUUGGGGCUCUGUCACCCGUCAAUACGAGCGGCGUGGAUAUUCAUCAAGGAGGAUCUUCGGGAGACGGAAAUGACGAUGAGCCGGCACCAGAAGACCUCUCAUUCCUAGUAGACACGAGAAUAGCCAAAUUGUCAAUGGAUGCGCACAUCCUCACCCUCUUUUGCGUCUUUCACCAGAAUCCGAAACUUUAUGUUGCUAUCCAAAGUGAAAGUAUCUAUCAGUAGCUAUGAUCUAUACUUCGUUUAGGUUUACGUUUUCUUCAUCAUUUCGGAGUGAUAUUUCCAUCUUCUGUCACCUCAUCCUUCAUCGUACGAAGUAUAUCGUCUGCUCGAGCAGUGCGGGCUUGCGUUUGGGUGUUGUUUCGCGACCCGCAUUUAUCGACGCUUUGUGCGACCGCAAUUUGGCUCAACCUCCACUACAUCUCGGUGUGGACGAUGCGCAAGAGGUCCGUGACAGUGAACGAGGAAGCCCUCACUGCAUUCCCUUUUUUGGUAGGGCUACCGCUGAAGCAUGUCCUUAACACGAUGAUCCUUGGUCCAUCUUUUUCUACUUGAAAAAGAAGCGCCCAAGCAUCAUGCUCUCAAGGACGAUGCCAAUGGGGUACGUUGCUCUAAUUUUGGCGGCCCUGGUGCGAUCCCCGGCGCGGGUCCUCCGCCUCUCGCUAAGCCGUACGAGUAAAGACUAUGUGGAAGGAGACUGUAGAGAGGUCUUCUUUGAAUGCGGGUGAGGCAGCUGGGGGACGGCUAUAGAAGAGAAAAAAGAAAGAUGUAUCUGCUUCACAUCUUCACAGAGAAGCAGAACGACAUGCAAUGUUUAAUAGGCCUGUUGAUAAAGUUCUUUUGUUUUCAUUACUCAUUCAUCACAGUUGAUAAUAUCAUCGUUACAUACUAGAAGUCUUAUUAGGACUUCAGAGGACCCAUUAAGUUGUCAGGUAAUGUGAUCAAUUUCUUACAUAACGCUCACUGUGUUGGAACAGAGGUGUACGCUCGUGUAGCACAGUCAAGCCAAAAAGACGAACCACAAUGCCACAAGAUAACCAAGUAACAAGAUUACCAAGUCAGAUACAUCACGGGCCAGCAAUCAGGGUCCACGGUUCUUGUGUUUACCUUUUUGGUGAAAGAAAUACGAUACGUGCUUAUGAUUUCAUCUGGCGACAUCUUACAUGUGUCCUUGUCACGUGUCACUACUAGCAUCUUUCCCGUGUGUAUGUUUGUGUGCGUGUUCGUAUGGAUUCUUCGGGAAGUGCCUGAACGUUGAACGGCCCCCCCUCUGGAAACAAACAGGCACUGAGCAGGAUCCACAG